GCCCGCUAUAAGGGAACAAACAAACAAACAAACAAACAAAGUUACACUCCGAGUCGCCUCGUGUCUCCUCUCUCUUCUUGUAGGCAAUUUUUUUCCUCCCUCUCUCCGCUCCCCUCGCAGCCUCCACUCCCCUUCCCUCGGCCCCUUCCUCCUUCUCUGUUUCGGCUGGAGGUGCCAGGACCCCCGGCCGCAGCCUCCCCUCCCCCGCCGCUCGCGUCCCUUCUCAUCCGGCCCUCCCCUCCCCCGCCGCGGCCGGCACAGCCAAUCCCCCGAGCGGCCGCCAACAUGCUCUUUGAGGGCUUGGAGCUGGUGUCGGCGCUGGCCACCCUCGCCGCGUGCCUGGUGUCGGUGACGCUGCUGCUGGCCGUGUCGCAGCAGCUGUGGCAGCUGCGCUGGGCUGCCACCCGCGACAAGAGCUGCAAACUGCCCAUACCCAAAGGCUCCAUGGGCUUCCCGCUCAUCGGAGAGACCGGCCACUGGUUUCUACAGGGUUCCGGCUUCCAGUCGUCGCGGAGGGAAAAGUAUGGCAACGUGUUCAAAACGCACUUGCUGGGGCGGCCGCUGAUCCGCGUGACAGGCGCAGAAAACGUGCGCAAGAUCCUCAUGGGCGAGCACCACCUGGUGAGCACUGAGUGGCCACGCAGCACGCGCAUGCUGCUGGGCCCCAACACGGUGGCUAACUCCAUCGGGGACAUCCACCGCAAUAAGCGCAAGGUCUUCUCCAAGAUCUUCAGUCAUGAGGCCCUGCAGAGCUACCUGCCCAAGAUCCGGCUGGUGAUCCAGGACACGCUUCGUGCCUGGAGCAGCCACCCGGAGGCCAUCAACGUGUACCAGGAGACGCAGAAGCUCACCUUCCGUAUGGCCAUACGGGUGCUGCUGGGUUUCAGCAUCCCAGAAGAGGACCUGGGCCAUCUCUUCGAAGUCUACCAGCAAUUUGUGGAGAACGUCUUCUCCCUGCCCGUCGACUUGCCCUUCAGCGGUUACCGGCGGGGCAUUCAGGCGCGGCAGAUCCUGCAGAAGGGCCUGGAAAAGGCGAUCCGGGAGAAGCUUCAGUGCACCCAGGGCAAGGACUACUCGGAUGCCCUGGACAUCCUCAUCGAGAGCAGCAAGGAGCACGGCAAGGAGAUGACCAUGCAGGAGCUGAAGGACGGGACCCUGGAGCUGAUCUUCGCAGCCUAUGCCACCACGGCCAGCGCCAGCACGUCCCUCAUCAUGCAGCUGCUGAAGCACCCCGCCGUGCUGGAGAAGCUGCGCGAGGAGCUGCGGGCCCAGGGCAUCCUGCACAGCGGCGGCUGCCCUUGCGAGGGCACGCUGCGUCUCGACACUCUCAGUGGGCUCCACUACCUGGACUGCGUCAUCAAGGAGGUCAUGCGCCUGUUCACACCCAUUUCCGGUGGCUACCGGACCGUGCUGCAGACCUUCGAGCUCGAUGGUUUCCAGAUCCCCAAAGGCUGGAGCGUCAUGUAUAGCAUCCGGGACACCCAUGACACGGCGCCCGUGUUCAAAGACGUGAACGUGUUCGACCCGGAUCGCUUCGGUCAGGCCCGGAGUGAAGACAAGGAUGGCCGCUUCCAUUACCUCCCGUUCGGCGGUGGAGUCCGCACCUGCCUGGGCAAACACCUGGCCAAGCUGUUCCUGAAGGUGCUGGCGGUGGAGCUGGCCAGCACGAGCCGUUUUGAGCUGGCUACCCGGACCUUUCCCCGCAUCACCUUGGUCCCUGUCCUGCACCCUGUGGAUGGCCUCAGCGUCAAGUUCUUUGGCCUGGACUCUAACCAGAACAAGAUCCUGCCAGAGACGGAGGCCAUGCUGAGUGCCACAGUCUAACGUCGCCUAGCCCGUACCCCCAUCUCAGCCCAGCCAGGCCUGGGGGGUGGCGGGGGUGGCGGGAGGCACCAGAAGGGUCAAAACCUGUGUGGGGGAGGGGGCGAAAACCUGGGGAAGGGGGAGCGGCGCCCCCAUAACUUGCCCUCCCCUGUCCCCCCCAUCCCCGACCCCGACAAACCCUACCCAAAGCCAGAAGGGCCCCAUCCUUCCGGGGGAAGGGCCCUUCCCCUGGCUCCUAUUUCUACCCAGUCCCUCCAGUUCCCAUGGGCUUAGCCCCCCAGGGGAAGUGACAGGGCCGGGCACUCCGCAUGCCCGUUAUAGUGUUAAAUGUCAGUGGCUCAGCUGCAGCAUUUGCUUGUGAUGUUCCCAACUGGUCCCAGCUCUCCAUUUCUUUUGGACCCUUUUAGUCUGAGGGCAGGUGGUUGAUGUGGGGGAGGGACGCAAGGAGGGGCUCCCUUUGGCUCUCUCUUCAGCACCACCCCCCUUCCAGCUUUGACCCAGACUGGUGGAAUGUCCCUCUUGGUGUGGCCGCCGAAGAACAGCAUCCUGGGUAAUAGAACACAAGUCACCCUUGCUUGGGGGGGCGGACUGCAAGCAGCCUGGAGGGGCCCCACCCCUUUGCCAGUUUGGACAUUUGAAAUUACCUAUUGCUGCUACUUUUUCUCUCUUCUGACCUUGGGGCAAAGGAGCUCCAGGCCCUGUCCUCCCAGCAUGUUCCCUGGUGGCCCUGGGCAUGCGCACUGAUGUCCCCACCUUCCUGCCAGGCAACCUUGAGCCCAUCCUGCUCCCCUGUUACACACACACCCAAGGCCUUUGACUCAUGGACCGCACCCUCGCCCCCCCCACCCCCUUCCCCCCAUAUUUAUUCACCGAAUCUUGGCGUUCCCGGGGACUGGAACAAGCCUCUUGUCUGUCCCCUAGCCUCCAUCCCAGCUGUCCAGGGCAGGACUUCUGCGAAUGAUGCUGUCUCCCUGCCCCUAGGCUCCAGACCUUCUGUGGGUUCAACCUCAGAGCCUCACUCCCUGGGUGAAGUCCAGUGCCUCUGCUUUUCACCCUGGUGGAGAUGGGGAAAUGGCCCACUGCCUCCCUCCCUGCUUGGUCAAAAGCCCUGAACAUACGAGGUUUUGGUGACUGCCAUAAGCUUCUGCUUGGCCACGGUUCACCCCGGUGCCCCCCACUCCUGCUAGUGAGCAUGGGGACGUAUAUGGGUUUUCUUCUGACAGGGAGCAAGGGCUUCUGUUGUCCCUCCCUUCACCUUCACCCUUGGCCCUUUGCCCUUGGAAAGAUGUCCUUGAAGUCGUUCUCACCUCUGUGCCACUGUCUGCUUAGCCCAGCUCAGGGGUGUGGGGACAAGAUGAGAGCAAAGGGAGGUGAGCAUAGGAGGCAGCCCUUUGGACGUGCUGACUCGGGUCCUCUGCUGUGGUCUUGAGGCAGCCGCGCCAGUCGUGCUGCAGAGCCGAGGAGGAGGGAAUGUGCGAUUUGUCAGAAGUGAUUUGGUGGAAAACUGGCUGGUCAGGGGAUGACUGGGGGAAAGAGGAGUAGCUCCUGCCACUGGCAUUUUGAGUGUUGGCAAUCUAGGAUGCCUCCUGGGAUGAUCUGGGGUCUUUGGUGAGUCUCUAAGUGAUUUUGUCUGUUUUCGGAUUUUUCUUUGCUUUCUGUGUUUCUCUUUUGGCUUUUGAUGUUAUAAAAGCAACGAAUCCUCUUUGUAAGAAAAUCAAAAACAUACAAAGAGUGCAGGAGACUAGUCUCUCCAGUCCUUCUCCAUAGCAGUGACUGCUGUGGGCAGCUGUGUGGCCCCCUCCAUGGUGCUCAGUGGGAGGACUGCAGGCCCCUCCCACCCCUACUCACACACCCUGGUGGUCGGCGUUAGGGGAAUGGGCUCCUGACCGGCAACGGCUCUGUAACCCCUGUUCUCAAGGGUUUCGUUUCGUUUGGUCCCUACUGUUCUACCACUGAAGAAUCCGUGCAGAACAUACAUCACUGGCAAAAAGACAUUUUUUUAAAAAAUCAGCAAAAUCCCUCAGUCCACCCCAACACAACACACACACACACACACACACACACACACACACACACACACUUUCUGAAAAAACAGGCAAACACUUGUAAAGACUCAUCAAAGCUUGCAAAAGAGCUGCUGCACGGUGCCCUGGAAUUGGUUACCCAGAAGAAAAGCCCAGUGUCUGGAAGGUUCACGCUCCAAGCUGCCCCCAGCUGAAUCAGUCGUGUUUUUUUUUUUUUUUUUUUUUUUUUUUGACUGACUUUCUAAGAAGGCAGUAAGUGCUACUAGAGACAGGAAGCCCACCAGGCCUGGCCCUGGUGAGGGGUUUGGGAUGGGGUGGGAGAUGGCGGAUUCUGGGAGGCACCUUACGUUGGGGUGACCAGUCUGGGAGGGGCUGAGGGAAAGGCUGAGGGGGUCCCUGUGAGGAGGAAGGAAGGAUUAUUUGCCCCGCUGGGUCUCAAAGGCAACAAGAAGAGAACUGAAAGACGCUCUUGACUCUUGACUGGCUGACAGGAGGGUUCCAGUGUUGAAAUGUGGCCGUCUCUGUCCACCCGUGCCUGUGUGUCUGUGUGCAGGUCUGUACAGGUAGUGCUAGAUGGGUGACGUUUCCUCACGUACCAUUCCUAACUCUUGUAACUUGACCUUAAAAAGACAAAACCCCACAACACUCUUCCUGCCACGGGCUUGCAGAUUGAAGCACUUUCGAUGUUGGGCGCUGGUGUUUGUGACCUGGGCACCAUCCUGACCCUGCCCAGGUCACUAUAAUAUUAUUUUAUACACAAAACUUUUUUUUCAUUAAUGUUAUAAUUUUGUGUCUGUCUUUAUAAACUAUUAUAAGUACUAUUUUUGUUAUAAUUCAAAAUAGAUAUUUAGUAUAAAGUUUUUGCUGUUAAAUAUUUGUUAUUUAGUAAAAUAUGAAUUUUUUCUCUAUUGUAAACAUUGCUCAAAAUAUUAAUAUGUUUUUAUCACAGUUGUUUUAAUAUUGAAGAAGCACUUGUGUGUUUUGUUUUGAUAUGAAACUGGUGCCGUGUGAGUGUUUUUGCCGUCAUGUGGUUUUAAUCUGUAUAUAAUAUUCCAUGUUGUGUAUUAAAAAAAUGAAUGUUGUGCAUUUUGUGAUUUUGGAAAUACUCAACCUGGCUCUUUUAUAGGCUUCCAUAAUAAACCGUGGGGACUCA